AUGUGUGACUUGUGUGCUCCGGACUUACCAGAAGAAAAGGAUUUCGACAUACUCGUAAAAUUAGUCAAAGAUCAUCUAGAACCUGAAAGAUCGGAAAUAGCAGAACGUCAUAUCUUCAGGCAAAGAAAGCAGCAAAAUAACGAAAGCAUUCGUUCCUACCUACAAAGUUUGAAACAUUUGGCUAAAACUUGCAAUUUCGGCAUCACAUUAGAAAUUAAUCUACGCGAUCAAUUCGUAUCAGGAUUAUAUAGUGAGGAGAUGCGAUCAAGGCUGUUUGCUGAAAAAGAUAUAGAUUACAAGCGCGCUGUUGAGUUGGCAUCAGCACUGGAAGCAGCGGAUCGACAUGCGAUGGCGGCUGGGGGCACUGGGGGCAGCUCACAGGCUGCGUCCGAGAGCGAAGGCAUGCAUCGGGUCGGCGGAGCGCGCGCGGAGGCUCGCUGCGCCUGCAGACGCUGCGGCAAGCUGGGCCAUGCGGAGGGUCGGUGUCGGUACAAGCACUACACCUGUGACUCAUGUGGCGAGAAGGGACACCUAAAAUCAAUGUGUCGGAACCGUAAAGGUAACCAAAAGAUUGAAAAAAACCGAGAAAAGACGCCAAUAUUUGUAAAGGCGCGGGCGCUGCCACUGGCGUUGCGCGAACGCGUUGAGCGAGAACUUGAUCGUUUACAAAGUGAGGGAGUUAUUUACAAAGUAGAUAGGUCUGAUUACGGCACGCCUAUCGUACCAGUCGUUAAGGAGUUACAUGAGGGACAUCCGGGUAUUGUUAAGAUGAAACAAUUAAGCCGGAACUACGUAUGGUGGGAGACAGUCGAUGCGGACAUUGAACGUGUAUGUGCUCAGUGCCAGGCCUGUCGAUCUCAGCGCGCUGCACCACCAUCGGUGCCGCUGCACUCGUGGCCAUGGCCGGAAGAGCCGUGGGCGCGCCUUAAUCUUGAUUUCUUGGGACCGUUUAAUAACAAAUAUUACUUAAUUAUAGUGGACGCUCAUUCAAAAUGGAUCGAGGUGGAAAAAUUGAGCUGUACAUCAGCCACGGCAGUAAUCGCAUGUCUCAGACGAUUGUUUGCUCGAUUUGGCUUAGCAAAAAAGGUAGUAACUGAUAACGGACCACCUUUCUCGUCGAUCGAAUUUAGAACAUAUUUAAGUAAAAACGGUAUAAAACAUUUACCGGUGGCUCCGUAUCAUCCAUCUAGCAAUGGUGCAGCGGAAAACGCCGUAAAAACCAUAAAAAGAGUGUUGAAAAAGGCUUUAAUUGAAAAGGAAGACGACAAUACCGCCUUGACAAAAUUUCUCUUUAUGUACAGAAAUUCUGAGCACAGCACUACAGGGCGCGAACCAGCAGUUGCUUUGUUCGGACGUCGCCUGCGUGGAAGACUGGAUCUGUUGCGUCCAAAUACUAGCUCCAUAGUACGAGAAGCACAGCUGGCAAGCGAAAGCUAUAAUGCAGGCACAGCCGGAUAUAGGGAGGCGGCAGAAGGAGACUCGGUCCUAUUGCAAGAUUUCACACAGGGAAAAAAGAAAUGGACCACAGGAACAAUAAAAAACCGCUCAGGUCCGGUGACAUACAGGGUAACAGCAGAUGACGGGCGGGUACACAAACGUCACAUCGACCAGAUUUUAAUAAGUAAUAAUAGUCGAAAAUCACGUUAUUCUUUGUCCAAAUUAAACACUGAUUUCGAGACAAAAUCAGUAAAUGAUAGUGUGGGUGAAGUUCGGGAAAGUCCGUGUAUGACCGGAGAAAAGGAGCUCAACUCCAGCUAUGACACGGGACCGGAAAGUCCACAACCUGUGACUCCUAGUCACUCGCCGGCGCCGAAUGUCUUGCAACCAUCGCGUCAGCGCCGUAAAGCUGCUUUAACGUGUAUUCAGAGAAUUAAGGACCAAAAUUACUAA